GCACUGCAGUGAGGAAUGGUGUUUCUGUGCUGUGUUGUUGAUUUGAGUGUGUUUUCUAGGGAUUUUCUGCCCCGUGGAUCCGGCAUCGUCACUCGCAGACCCCUGGUUCUGCAGCUCAUCAGUGCAAACGCAGAGUGGGCCGAGUUCCUGCACUGCAAAGGGAAGAAGUUCACUGAUUUCGAUGAGGUCCGUCAGGAGAUUGAGGCUGAGACCGACCGCGUCACCGGGGCCAAUAAGGGCAUUUCCCCCAUUCCCAUCAACCUGCGGGUUUAUUCCCCACACGUGCUGAAUCUGACCCUCAUCGACCUGCCGGGCAUUAAAAAAUUUGAUCACUCAGGGUACAUCGGUGUGGUGAACCGCAGUCAGAAAGACAUCGAUGGGAAGAAGGACAUCAGAGCGGCUCUGGCCGCAGAGAGGAAGUUCUUUCUGUCUCAUCCGGCCUACAGACACAUAGCAGACAGCAUGGGCACCCCACACCUGCAGAAGGUCCUCAAUCAGCAACUGACCAACCACAUCCGGGACACGCUGCCUGCCUUCCGCAGUAAACUGCAGUCGCAGCUGCUGUCUCUGGACCGAGAGGCGGAGGAGUACCGGCAGUACCGGCCCGACGACCCGUCACGCAAGACCAAAGCCCUGCUGCAGAUGGUGCAGCAGUUCUCGGUGGACUUCGAGAAGCGUAUCGAAGGCUCUGGUGAUCAGGUGGACACCGUGGAGCUGUCUGGAGGAGCCAAGAUCAACCGCAUCUUCCACGAGCGCUUCCCUUUCGAGCUGGUCAAGAUGGAGUGUGACGAGAAGGAGAUGCGGCGGGAAAUCAGCUACGCUAUCAAGAACAUCCAUGGCAUCAGGACGGGUCUGUUCACUCCAGACAUGGCCUUCGAGGCGAUCGUGAAGAAGCAGGUGGUGAAGAUCAAGGAGCCGUGUAUUAAGUGUAUUGAUCUGGUGGUUCAGGAGCUGAUCAACACGGUGCGUCAGUGCUCUGAUAAGCUGGAUUCGUUCCCUUGUCUGCGGGAGGAGACGGAGCGGAUCGUCACGUCUCAUAUCCGUGACAGAGAGAGCAAAGCCAAAGAGCAGGUGCUGCUGCUCAUCGACGUUCAGCUCGCGUACAUCAACACCAACCACGAGGAUUUCAUCGGCUUCGCCAAUGCUCAGCAGCGCAGCAGUCAGGCGAAUAAGAAGAGCUCUGCAGGGAAUCAGGUGAUCCGUAAGGGCUGGUUGACCAUCAAUAACAUCAGCAUCAUGAAGGGAGGAGCAAAGGAGUACUGGUUCGUGCUGACCGCCGAGAGCCUGUCCUGGUUCAAAGAUGACGAGGAGAAAGAGAAGAAGUACAUGCUGCCCCUGGACAAUCUGAAGGUCAGAGAUGUGGAGAAAAGCUUCAUGUCCAGCAAGCACAUGUUUGCCAUCUUCAACACGGAGCAGCGGAACGUGUUCAAGGACAACCGUUUCUUGGAGCUGGCGUGUGACACUCUGGAGGAGGUGGAGAGCUGGAGAGCGUCGCUGCUGCGCGCCGGCGUUUAUCCCGAGAGGGCCGUGGUGGAGAGUGAGAGUUCUGGCCCGUCGGAGAACUUCUCCAUGGAUCCUCAGCUGGAGAGGAAGGUGGAGACCAUCAGGAACCUGGUGGACUCCUACAUGGCCAUCGUCAACAAAUGCAUCCGCGACCUCAUGCCCAAGAGCAUCAUGCAUCUGAUGAUCAAUAACGUGAAGGAGUUCAUUAACGCGGAGCUCCUGGCGCAGCUGUACUCGGCUGGAGAUCAGAACGCUCUGAUGGACGAGUCUCAGGAGCAGGUGCAGCGGCGCGAGGAGGUUCUGCGCACACACCACGCUCUGAAAGAAGCUCUGGCCAUCAUCGGAGACAUCUCCACCACCACCAUCUCCACACCACUGCCUCCGCCGGUGGAUAACUCCUGGCUGAGCGCCGGCGCCGGCUCCCGCAGGUCUCCUCCUCCGAGCCCCACGGCUCCGCGCCGGAUGUCUGCGGGACAGAGACCUGCUGGGAGAGGUGCUCCUGCGCCUCCGUCUCGCCCCGGACCCUUGGGGCCCCUGAACAUCAGCACUGACAGCCCACAGGUUCCCAGCCGGCCCAACCGAGCGCCUCCCAGCAUUCCCAGUGUCCGUGAGUCCAGAAGACCUGCUAAAGACCAAACAGGGAACAGGACCAACGCCUCCCGCAUUCUGAGAGAUCAGCGACCCGUCUGUGCCCUGCAGAGAGCAGGAGAUCCCCAGCUUCGAGGAGUGGACCAAGAUCAUGCUGAAGGUCAGAUCACACACCUUUCUGACAGCCUUCACGCUGCGGGGAAGAAGCUUCAGCAGACCGUCACCAACUACGCCUCUGUGGAGUGUGGAGCCAAGAUCCUGUCCUCCAACCCUGAGGCCAAGAGCACUUCUGCUAUUCUGAUGGAGAGCAUGUACAUGCUGAAUCCCUGCAAUAAGAUCUGGCGGGCUGAUUAGACUGUUUGUUUUAACGUCAGGCAAAACUAUUCUGUGUGAUAAUUGUUGUGUGUUGCUGUGAUUGAUCUGAAGUCUUGCCGUUGUGUUUGCUGUGUGAAAUCACUCAAUAGCCUGUGUUUAGUACCUAGACAGACUUUCCAGACAGAUAACAGCAGGAUCUGUGUUAUUCCUCAUAUGAGUGUUUGUGAAAUGAAGAGCACUAGAGAGAGCCGUCAGCAGUGAUGGAGAAGCUCUGUGGUCUUCACCGUCUCCUCAUCGUGAGCUCUGUCAGCCCAUUCAUCUCAAGCAGCUGGACAUCGCUAACUUUGAGAUCUCCUCCUCAAACCCCAAAGUCUUCCUGGUGUCCAUCAGUGACAGUGUGUGAAGCUCGGGACGUUUCAUGCACGUGACGAGCGGGCGGUGCAGAGUUUUCCUCUGGAUGAGCAUCUGUUUGCCAAAUACAUCAAGAUCAGCCUCCUGAUUUUGUGCCAGUCGAUGACAAAUCCUCCAGAAACCUGAUCAGAUCUGCCAGAGGUACAGUUCGAUGAGACUUAAAGGAUACAGAAAGCAGGUGGAGGAGAUGCAGAGAGCCUUUAACAAAACCAUCAUCAAGCUCCAGAACACCUCCAGAAUGGCCGAGGAGCAGGUCAAAGACAUCUUGAGUCUAAACUCAUUCAGACCAAACCUGGACUGAUGCGUUAGUUCAAUCCAGGAUCCUCCUGUUGGAGAAUCUGUUUAGACAUGAUGACGUGAAGAUCAGCAUUGGUUUCUUCUGUUGUGUAGCUCGAUUUAGUAAAAGGUAAAUCAGUAAAAAAAAUCUGAAAAAGUCAUGAGAAGAAAAGAACAGCAUCACAACCUCAACAGAUACACACAUGAGCACUCCUGAUGUGUGUGUGUGUGUGUGUGUGUGCACAGCACAGCACACUGGACACUGUUGUCCUAUUCUCUGUCUCAGUGUCAUAUCUGCCCAUGUUUCUGUGUUUCUCUCAGCCGUGUGUAUGUCUGUUUCAGGAUCAGAGGCAGACGGACUGCAUCCAGGCUCUGAGGCUCAGCUGGAGAACGUGACGCAGCUCGUCCUCAGUCUGUCUGUCAGCGUGAGUCGACUGCAGCGAGAGGUGUCUGACAGGCAGACCUACAUCCUGCUGUGUCUGCUUCUGUGUUCUUCUGGGGCUGCUGAUCUGUGUGAACUACCGUCAGAUAUCAGAGAGUCCUGCUGUCGAUUCACCGAGAUCCUGCGGACUGGACAGGUGAGGAGACGACCAUCAGGGGUUUACACUAUAGUGACCAGCUCCUGCAACAGGACUGAUGUGAUCAGUCGCAGGUAAAUCAUGAUGUGUUGUUUUCAGAGAGCUGUCUGAUGAUGAAGCCGUGCUGCUGAGACGCAGAGCCUCUGAUCCGAUUUCACUGUUGUCCCUGCAGAUGCCUGUCGGAGGUUCAGAAGAGACCAGCAGCCAUAAACAGUGGGAAGAUUGCCCAGUUAGUAGAAAAAAGAAGCAGAAAGUGAAGCUCAGCAGAGGUCUGGAGACACAGUCCGCUCCAUCGCUCCCUCACACAUCUUCUGGGUUUGGAGUUGGUUUCUCGUGUGGUCGGCAGAGACGUGAUGUUCGACGGCAACUCUAAAGGCUCCUCGCAGGCUGACCAGACGCUGUUCUGUGGAAUCGCCAGCUGUGCUCGUCUGUGUGAGGCGUUACCUGCUCCGAAGCGCUGGACACAGAGCCGAUCGCAGCAUCGGCAUCAGCCUCCGCAGCACAGCGGCCCACGCCAGACCGCCUCAGAGACUGAACCGAACCGGACUGAACCGGCUCCGAGACGCCCGAGAUAAUUGAACUGAACCGGACUGAACCGGCUCCGAGAUGCCCGAGAUAACUGAACUGAACUGGACUGAACCGGCUCUGAGAUGCCCGAGAGAACUGAACUGAACCGAACCGGACUGAACCGGCUCUGAGAUGCCCGAGAGAACUGAACUGAACCGAACCGGACUGAACCGGCUCUGAGAUGCCCGAGAGAACUGAACUGAACCGAACCGGACUGAACUGGCUCUGAGACACCCGAGAGAACUGAACUGAACCGGACUGAACCGGCUCUGAGACGCCCGAGAGAACUGAACUGAACCGGACUGAACCGGCUCUGAGAUGCCCGAGAGAACUGAACUGAACGGACUGAACCAGCUCUGAGACGCCCGAGAGAACUGAACUGAACCGGACUAUGGCUGUAUGAGGCCUGAGUAAUCAUACAGUGUAAGAAAAGUGUCUGAAGUGUCACUGACAGUGUUGCCAAGUCCGUCAUUUUCCCGCGGGUUGAAGCGACCCCAAUAACAUGAUAUUUAGUCCCUGCCAAAAAACGUUAAUUUUACCCCCCCCCGGAACGCGACACGAUUGGGCUAGUUUUGAGUAGCAAUAGGGUGGGUUUUGUUGUGAAAACCUGGCAACCCUGGUCUCAGAGUCUCUUUAACUCUUCAGCCUCUGCUGCAAGCCUCCAUCAGAUCUGCUGAGAUCAUCACAGCUGAGGAUGUCUGCAAACCACUCCAUACCCUUAAACUAAUGCACUCUUCUUUGCAUUUCAGCUCUGUUCUUGCUCGUUUCCUAGUCUAGUGCUGUAAUAAACCUAUGAUUGUUUGCAGUGAA